UCGUUGCGAGAGACCGUGCUCUUGCCAGUGAGAGCGUUGCCAGCAUAUUCCGGACCAUACUCUGUAGGAACCAUGGAGAUUGAAGUGCCUGUCGAACAUGCUCGAACGUUUACCAACAUCACGCGGAAAGGAAACCACGUACUGCAAUUGAAGACUGUGCUGUUGACGAUAUACUACCCUGCUUCUCCGCCUCAAAAGAAACGUCCAUCUCGACAACUAUGGCUGGGUCGACCUCGAGUCAGUAUGGCAACAGGGUAUGGGCAGUUUGCCAGCGUCGGAUCUCUUGGCGUGGCAGUGUUUCUACCCACGAUGUUCACAAAGCUUCCGGCAUUUCGAAAUGCUCCGAUAUCGUCUCAAUGGCCUCCUGAGUCUACAAAUAAGCCCGGAGAAGAAGACAACAAGUCUGGUGAAACCACGGAGGAAGAGGACCAAGACGAAAAGGACGAACCUACGGACACUCCACCAAAAUUCCCUCUGAUGAUCUUCAGUCAUGGUCUAGGGGGCACCAAAACUGCUUACUCGAGUGUUUGCGGUGAGGUAGGCGAGAUCGGAUUUUCUCAGCAAGGAACNUUCGCGAGUUAUGGAUUCGUUGUAAUCGCAUUGGAACAUCGAGAUGGCAGCGGACCUCGCAGCUUCAUCAAUCAACCAGGAACUGGUGAAGUCCGAUUCGACAAGGCCGGUGAGCAACGAGAUCCAGAGAAACAUCAUAGAAAGCAUGAGGAUACGCACUACGACAUGAUUGUAAACAAUCCUAUGGAUACGAGUCCGACCAAUGAUAAAGGUGUUGAUCGUGAACUUAGAGGAGGUCAGCUGGAUCUGCGCUUGGCAGAGAUCGAAGAAGCUUACAAGGUCAUAAACAUCAUCAACGCCGGUAGAGGUGAAGAAAUUGCCGCGAAGAAUAUGCGCCAGAAGGGCUACAAGGCUUCGAGUACUCACGGUCUAGACGGCGUCGAUUGGGCAACCUGGAAAGAGAGGGUCAAUACUCAGUUCGUCAUUGCCGCUGGACACUCCUUCGGCGCGGCAACUGUUGUGGAUAUGCUGAGGCACGAAAAACGAUUCCACUGGGUUGCGCAAGGCAUUAUUUACGACAUCUGNGGGACACUUCUCAACCAAAGAUCUGUACUGACCUUGUUUCUUUACAGAAGUGGCACACGGCCAGCAGCCGAGGAAGACCAGAAAAUCCAAGCACCACUUCUUGCCAUCAACUCGGAAGCUUUCACAUACUGGCCAUCCAACUUCGACCUUGUAUCAAAUCUGGUAGAAGAAGCUCACCCAUGUCCAGCGUGGCUCAUGACUGUCCGUGGAACGAUACAUGUCUCACAGUCCGACUUUUCAUUAUUGUACCCCAACGUCUGUUCGCUCCUUCUGAAAGCAAGCGCCGAUCCCGAACGAGCUCUGGAUAUCAAUGUCAACGCAUCGUUGGAGUUCCUACAGAUGGUGAUGCCAUCGAUACCACUUCGCAUCAAGAAGGCAUUCCCCAACGAGGAGCUAUUACAAACAGAAACCCACCACCUCGAGGAUAUCCCUCAAGUCGACCUGCACAAACCGAAGGAUGAGAAGUGGAUGGCAGCCAGAUUGCGCAUACCACACGAAUUCACGUGGCGCGUUGCUCCCGGGUUGGCGAGAAGGAUGGCGCGGAGGAAGAUUUGCGAGGGAGGCGGUUCGCCAGACGAUGAGAUUUGGUUGCACUGCAAGCCAGUGGAAGGGACGGUCGAAAAAUACAACAGCACUGUGGACAGAAGGAAGGCGAAGGACCCAAAAGAUGCGAAAGCAGAACCUGGGUCUGUGGGUCCGAACGAAGACACAAAGGAGAAGCCGGGAUGCAAGGAAUGGAGAAACUGA